AUGACAUCUAUAGAAAAGGCAAGAACUCCAGCACAGGCAACUGCCCUAGAACUUCUUGACUUGGCUCAUAGUAUCCCGUUGAACCCUCUCAAUAAAGUUUAUUUCACCAAGUUCACCAACCAUUGUGCUGAAAAGGCCAUCAAUCUUCCCGAUGGCUACACUUUACUGAAGAUCUGUCUAAAAUGUGGGGUCUUGUAUAUCCCUGGAAUCACUGUAUCUAUGCGUAUCACCUACGGAAAGACAUCGUCUCGGAAAAGAGGCUCCAAGAAAUCAAAAUCUCCUACAAAAAAUGUUGCUAAAGACACCACAAAGUCUCGUCCAAGACGUCUUGAAUACAAAUGUCUUCAAUGUCAAUCCGUACAAGUGGUUUGUCAAGACCUUCUAGCGCCUAAACCAGCUCCGGUGGUGACCAAGGAUCCCGUCUACGAAGCCACAUGGCCUCCUAGCUCAUCAAUUUCAAAAUCAAAGUCGUCUUCUCCUGCACCUGUUUCCACUCAGGGGGGUACUCAUACAAGCUCUGGUUCACGUUCUGGGUCAGCUACUCCUCCACCAUCGUCCCAGAUGGCAAAAAAGCGGUCCAAGAAGAGAAAGGACCACAAUCUCUUGAGCAUGAUCAAUAAGAAAAAGGAGGAGUCCUCGAAAGUUCUGCUUAAUCUCAUGGACUUUAUGAAGUAA